AUGGUGCGACCGUGGGUGUCUGUGCUGGUCUUGGCAAUGGCUCUGGCCGCCUUCUGCCAGGCUUCUCGGAGGCCCCAUUCCCAGCCGCAGGAUGCAGCCUCGGGUCCGGUGGCCAGCAGGGGCCUGGAGCCACGCUGGUUGGAUGAGCCGGGCCCAGCGUCUCACCACCGGAGGCAGCUGGGGGCCCAGGCUGCCCCACACCUCGUGCCAGAUCUGUCCAAGAAGCAGGGGCCAUGGCUGCAGGAAGAAGAGGAGGCCUACGGAUGGAUGGACUUCGGCCGCCGCAGCGCUGAGGAACCGGAGCUGCGUCCCUAG